AUGGCUCAACUCUCUGCCUUGGUCCUUCUCUGCAUCGUAUUCGUUGCGGCCACUUUUGCUCAAUCCUACGACGAUGUCAGGUAAGAAUAUUACUUAAAAGUAUUGUUAGGAGGCAAUACAACGACGGUUUAUAGUGCGGAGAAACGUGCCAUGCGUAAUGCGUUGGUUCGGUUCGGACGGGCCAGUGGUGGGAUGAGAAAUGCUCUAGUGAGAUUCGGAAAGAGAUCUUCUCUGGACGAGGACGAGUUCGCUCCGGAGAGCUCGUUCCAAGGCAAGCGGAAUGGAGCCCCGCAGCCUUUCGGUAAGAAGAGAACCUUUGCCAAAAAUUGCUUGACUGCCUGCUUAAUGUGUCGUUUUCUCCUCUGCAGUCCGCUUCGGCCGCUCCGGUCAGCUCGACCACAUGCACGACAUUCUGUCGACCCUUCAGAAGCUCCAAUACGCCGGCAACAAGUAA